AUGGCAGAAGCUGCAAGUCGGGAACUGGCUUUGUCCGCCCGUCGUACCAUCGUGGCACUUCGCGGCGAUGUUGAGGAUCGUCAACAUGAACCAAACGACGUACUCGGGCUUGUGAAGGUGCUCGAUAACCUCAGCCAAGCGCUGGUCUCGCUUACCGGAACACCUGACGUCGACCAGUCUGCAUUCGAAGAGCCUUUGCGACAAGUCGAUAACGCCUUCCAAAAAUUCCAACGAGAAAAUUUGGCACCUCAAUCUUUGUUGCAAUUUGACGCUGGUGGGACCGCGGUCACCAACACACACUUCUACGGAUAUAUACCCGAGUGUCUUAAAACAACGAUCGUUUAUCUCAAGGACUGUCUUUCCGGGUAUGAAAUCGAUGUGCGUGUAGAGGAAAGUCUAGGAGAGUGUGUUGGGGAAUGUCUCCAGUUUUGUACAGAGGCGAUCGACCACAUCGAUAGUCUUCAACCCCGCGAACCUGCUCAGGCUUAUCUCGAAGACCUGGAAACAAUGGAUAGGAUAAUGAUAGAGUAUGAAGAUCAAUUCAUCCAAGCAAAAACGAGAGGGGCCUCAAAGGAGGAGCUUGUCAGAAUUGAAACGUUGUGGAGCACAGCCCGCCAAAUUCGAAAAGCCCUUAAUGAUGGAAGAACAAAGAAAAACGUCAGUUAUAUCGAAAACCAUGCUGAUGCGGAUAAAGCCGUUCAGGUAUUGGUGUCGACCGAUGGGAACACGAUCAGUGGCAAAAACAACAGUUCUGGGCGACGGGCAGCACAAGUUGGCGGCCAUUACUCCACGGAAUCACUACAGCAGUUGGUACAGAAUAUGAGUACUUGGAUUCAAGAAGAUGCAUGCUCUACCUGUGCAGAAUUUGAAAAGAAGCAUGGGCAUGGUGUCAAACUGUUUGAUAACCGGACGAGUUGA